GAGGACCAUGACGUCACACAGGGCCCCUCGAACAGGGCUGGUGAGUGGCUGGAGUAGUGAGCACCAAACAGCUGUGACGUUUGUCCAGAGCCCGCCCCCUUCCUUGGAGCGCGGAGACUCGCUACGGAAGCUCCGGCCAAUCAGAAGGAGGGUCCAAGGAUGACAUGCUCCUUUUGUUGGAUGCGGUAGCCGGCCAUAGGGAAUAAAGUUUGAGAGAAAAUAGCCAAGGCUGGGGCAAAAUUGGCUUAAUGUUUCAGAAGUGCAAAGCUGGAUAAUUCGAUUAGAAUGAGCGUAGAAGACUGGAGAAUCGGGUCAGGGCCGUCUGCUCAAAAUCCCUCCAGGCACUGCGGAUGGAGGCGUGGGGGAGCCCUGGAACCUCAGACUAGUUUUGAAUCCCAGCUCUGCCAGUUAAUAGCUUGUGGCUUUGAGUCUCACAAGAUGUACCAGAUCCCACUGACACUGGACCGGGAUGGGACCCUAGUCCGGCUCCGCUUCACUAUGGUGGCCCUGAUCACGGUCUGCUGUCCACUUGUCGCCUUCUUCUUCUGCAUCCUGUGGUCCCUGCUCUUUCACUUCAAGGAGACAACAUCUACACACUGUGGGGUGCCCAAUUACCUGCCAUCAGUGAGCUCUGCCAUUGGUGGGGAGGUUCCCCAGCGCUACGUGUGGCGUUUCUGCAUUGGCCUGCACUCGGCACCCCGCUUCUUGACAGCCUUCGCCUACUGGAACCACUACCUCAGCUGUGCGUCCCCGUGUCCGGGUUACCGCCUUCUCUGCCGCCUCAACUUCAGUCUCAAUGUGGUGGAGAACCUCGCGCUGCUCGUGCUUACCUACGUCUCCUCCUCCGAGGACUUCACCAUCCAUGAAAAUGCUUUCAUUGUGUUUAUCGCGGCAUCCCUCAGUUACAUGCUCCUCACCUGCAUUCUCUGGCGGCUGACCAAGAAGCACACAGUAAGUCAGGAGGAUCGCAAGUCGUACAGCUGGAAACAGCGGCUCUUCAUCAUCAACUUCAUCUCCUUCUUCUCGGCGCUGGCUGUCUACUUCCGGCACAACAUGUAUUGUGAGGCUGGAGUAUAUACCAUCUUUGCCAUCCUGGAGUACACUGUUGUCCUAACCAACAUGGCGUUCCACAUGACAGCCUGGUGGGACUUCGGCAACAAAGAGCUGCUAAUAACCUCCCAGCCUGAAGAAAAGAGAUUCUAACCCCUUCUCUGAUGCUGGAAAAGAAGAAACCACUCUGGCCUUUCCUAUCUCCAUGUCCUCUCUGGGCCCUUCUCAAUCUGGGGACUGGGAGAGAAGAGCAGGAAGGGGCAUGACAAGGCUGACCCCAGCGCUGCUGGCUUCUCCCGCCACUCAUGGGCAUCUUCAGGAAGCAUCACCAUUCACUGAAAGGCCCUAAAAACCCGAGCUGGCAGGAAAGCUCCAGCACUUGGUGCUAAAAAGGUGGUCCCGAGGUUCACUAAGGUUAGGGUCCAGAGAAGUGGCUGCUACCUGAAGGCCACAGCCAUUUCUCUCUGGUCAUUCAUCUGACUGAUGUGUCUGAUGUGAUCUACCGUGCACACCCAGAGUGUGUACUCCCAGGUGGUAGUUCCAUGAAUCUGCCCACAUGUUCUAGAUGCACCCUGUUCUCCAUCAGCCUCUUUGUGUAUGACUGGGGGAAGUAUGCUGUAUGAUUUCUAAGGGCUUUGUCUCUUGAGGUUAUCCAAUGGAAGUAGUGUUGUGCUUUGUGAUUGACAAGAUGACUUGUCCCAGAAGCAGCAUCAAGCAUAGGAUAUAUUUUUCUUUCCCAUCUAAAACCUCCGGCUUUUUGGAAUAUGUCUGUAAUCCCAACAUGUUGGAGGCUAAGAUGGGUGGACUGCUUCAGGGUCCAUGCCAACCUGGGCUACACAGUGAGACCUUGUCUCAAAAAUGAAGUAAGAUGCUAGGCAUGGUGGCACAUGCCUUUAAUCCCAACACAGCAGAGACAGGCAAAUAUCUGUUGAGUUCAAGGCCAGCCUGGGCUAUACAGUAAGAUCCUGUUUCAGAAAAAAAAUAAAGAACCCUAAAAUCACAGGCUUAUAAGACCUUUCCCUCCUUUGUCAGGGGAUAGGGUCAGAGGUAGAUUUCCCUACUCCAGAAUGGGCUCCUUGGUGUUCCUUUAUCCUCUCUACUGUUCCAGAUCCCCAGCUUUUAUUUGUAUAUUUUAUUUCAAAGAACAAUAAAUUUUUUUCUUUUGCCAACAA